CAUCCCCACCAUCACCACCACCAGCACCACCACCGUUGCCAGCAUCGCAACGGUUAACGGCCCCGUGAGGAACGGCGGAACCGUGAAGCAGGGAGAAGGGUCUCGCAGGUGCCGGUCAACUGUGCGGGAAGAAGUAUUUUUAAUCAGAAAUUCGUGAGGAGCAAUUGGCAAAUGCCUGCUUUGGUGGUUUCUGGCAAAAGCCACUUCCUUUGUGGGAAGGGAAAAAAAAAACAACAAGAUAAAUAAAAACAGGGAAGCAGAGCUCUGACGCAGGGGUGGUUACAAAACGUUUCUUGACACCGUCGGGAUUCCGGUGUGGCUGGGGGAGCUGGUGUGUGCGGCACAGGGGAGCCGAGGGCCAAGAGCGGAGACGGCCGAGGGGCUGGGCAGCAACCCUCGGUGCACGAGCGGCCUGAAGGGAUCUGCUUCAGGAUACGGAUUCAAAGGGAGCGUUGAGAUGCUGAGACACGGACACGGGUCUGCCCAAGCGCGGAUGGAAGGGCAGCCCUAGCCUGCUGCUUCGUAAAACUAACACCGGGACCACCUCACGCCAUGGAGCCCAACCACGCGACCCCGUCCCCUGCGCUGCCAACAGCCGACGAAGGGAACAUGUGCGAGAUGGAUGUCUUUGAUGCAGCCGUGGAUGGGGCCACGCUGCUCAUCAGCCUGUGCGGGCUGGUGGGUAACGGGGCCGUGCUCUGGUUGCUCGGCUGCCGCAUCCGCAGGAACCCCAUCACCGUCUACGUGCUCAAUCUGGCCGUGGCCGACUUCACCUUCCUCCUCUUCACCCUCUCCUCCGCCCUCCUCUAUCUCCUGGACAACUACUUCUGCUCCUUGCUGCCCGUUCUGACACCCCUCCGGCUGCUCCUCCUGCUCUCACUGCUCACGCACAACAUGGGCAUGUACCUGCUGGUGGCUAUCAGCAUCGAGACGUGCACGUCUGCCUUCUGCUCUGACAGGACCCGCUGCCACCGCCCCCAGCACCUGUCAGCCGCGGUGUGUGCCCUGCUCUGGGCCCUCUCCAUCUCUGUCAUUGCCACCGUGACGUCCCUGUGCCUGUCGCACCAGCAAGAGCAGUGCCGCCUGGCGCUCAUCGCCAUGUACAUCCUCAACUUCCUCAUCUUUGCCCCAUCCAUGGUCAUUUCCAACGUCAUCCUGCUCGUUAAGGUGCUGUGCGGCUCCAGGCGGCGCCAGCCCAGGAGGCUCUACAUCGCCAUCUUCCUCACGGUCCUCUUCUUCCUCCUCUUCGGAGUCCCCCUCAGCGUCUGGAAUUUCAUGCAGCAUUUCAGCGAUGCCUUGGGGCAGCACCAGGUGGUCGUCCUGCUUGCCUGCAUCAACAGCAGCGUCAACCCCUUCAUCUACUUGCUGGUGGGCGGCGGCAGGAGGCACUGCUCUUUGGCGUCCCUCCAGGUCGCCUUCCAGAGGGUCUUCGAGGAGCUGGGUGAUGAUGAUGGGGUGGGCAGCGACAACUCCGUGAUGCACACGCCGAGCGCAGCCCCUUAAAGCUGCUCUACAUCAGGACAAUGCUGGGGGGGGGGGG